CCAACACUCAGGGUCGUUCAGUGUGACAUUCUUCACCGCACAAGCAAAGGGCGAGCCAACGCAAGGAACCCUUUGCUACAAGCUUGUUUAUUAGACUACAACUCUCCUUCAAGCUCGAAUUCCCGAAAACUUCGAUCCUCCCACAGCAACCAGUGUGUUGCGUCCCGCUCGAUCGAACAAUUUCGAAAUAUCAAACCCGCAUACCACAAAAAUGGCCGACAACCCGAGCGCUGCGUGGCCUCUGGCCGACGAAGCGCUGUCGCAGAAGAUUCUGGACACCGUCCAGCAGGCCUCUCACCACCGCCAGCUGAGAAAAGGCGCAAACGAAACAACCAAAACCCUCAACCGCGGCACCGCCGAGCUCAUCGUCCUGGCCGCCGACACUUCUCCGCUCGCGAUUCUCCUGCACCUUCCCCUCCUCGCCGAAGACAAGAACGUGCCGUAUGUCUAUGUUAAUUCCAAGACGGCGCUGGGCAGAGCUUGUGGUGUUUCGCGGGCGGUUAUUGCGGCGAGCAUCACGACCAACGAGUCCAGUGAUUUGAUGCCCCAAAUCCGCGAGUUGAAGAACCGCGUGGAGAGAUUGAUGAUCUAGGUUGGAGGAGUUGAGGAGUGGAAAUGGGACAGGCGUGACUCUGUGGACUGGGAGGUAAUGGGGUUGCGAAGGGUGCUGUGCGACAAUGGGAAUGAGUGCUGGGUGCCAUGGCAUAUUCCACCUCUAAUGGUGUAAUAUGCAACCCGUUCCAUUGCAAAACACGAGACACAAAGAGUGUGAGAACACGAGGCUGCAAAAACAAAAUCUACCACAACACAAUAAAGCUGCAUUCACAACUCGUAUACCGAGUAGGGCCAGACCAUCUGCCAUGUGAUACCUGCUUUGAUACAUUAUCCGACCGAUCCUUAUCCGUCCCCUUGCAACCUUGUUGUCGCUGAAUGUGCACGCAAUCAAAUCAUUAC